CGCCCCCCAGGGGAGGCGCGCCUCACACUUUGAAAACCGCCGGUCUAGAAUAUAGAGGGCCACAUAAACAGCUACGGUGGGCCAGAUUUGGCCCACGGGCCUUGAGUUUGACACAUGUACCGUAGAGACACUGGAGAGGUUCAUCAUGGGGAAGAUGAGAGAGACCAGAACCAACAAUACAGCUGCUGUCAUGGCGACCUGGUUGCUUUAGAACCGAAGCUUUGCCACAGGCUGAUUGCUUCCUUUGAAGGAACGGAAACGUUAUACAUUCAGACGAAACCAGAUAUUUACAUACGCUGGUUUAAAAGAGUCCUAUCUGACAUUAAAUCAGACUUAACUUUUCCCCUUUCGUUCACAUUAUUUGAGUUAACUGGAGGCACGCAGAUGGAUUUAUUUCAGCAGUUUCCUUCUGAGACAUUAUGGAAGUAUCAAAUAACAAAAGAUGACAGGCAGGGGAUUGUGUACCUUUACACGUCUGGUUCAUACUGGGGGACAAUUUCCAGGUACCUGACGAUGUCACAUUCAUCUGUUCAAGCAUAAACAGCCUGGGAACGUCCAGCGGUCAUAGGAAUGUGUUUUCAUGUGCAACAUGAGCACCACAGACCAAAGGAAAACCUUUAUGAAGAUGUUGGCUGAAACUGGUUAAAACAGGGUCAUUAUCCAGUGAAACAUGGCCGACACCAACAUGGGCUGAAGGGCCAGUCAGGAAACAAGAAGCUAUUAGUAAAAAAAACAACAACAACAAAAAAACACAGUAGGUAUUAAUAACAAUUAAUCUUUACACUUUUAGUAAUCAAUUUAAAAUCAUUUUAUUUAUCUAUACCAAAACUGUUAAAAUCAGAUUUUAUUGCAUUGUCUUUCUCAAAAAACAAAUAUCUGUGGUUUGUGUUACAAGUGAAGUAUUUAUGGCAGGUCCUUGAAGACCUGGGGACUGUUGGCAGCUGUUUAGUUCUCUUAUGCCUUGGGCCGGCUGAGUCUCAAAGCAGACAUGUGGACAGAUUUGACUCUGUUCACCAGUUCUGACACAAGGAAUGGCUCAAAAUCAAAGCAAAUAACUGUGAGGCUCUUAUGGACAGAUGACCAAACCGUGAAACCAAACUGAAACUAAAGUAUUUAUUUAAGUAUUAAGGAUUUAUUGAUGAAAACAAACUCCUGAAAAGUUACUUGUAAGUUUUUGCUUUCUCUAAAAAACCAAAAUGCACUAAUCAACAGGUGUAUCUAAUCGGCCUUGUGCUGCACUUUAGUCCGGAUGAACAGCAGCGUCCUGGAGCGUAAUUGGAGUUGUUAAAGAUAGAACACGCUGUGUCCGUGUGUGCGCAGAGUGGGCGUGGAAACGGGCACGACCGCUUCCCUGAGCCAAACCCGACGGAAGAAAAGCGCACAGAACCAGAACAACCCCCGAUGGGUCAUCCUCACCGUCAUCUGGACCCUCAGACUGGAUUGUAGCUAAAUGCAGGGGGAGCUUUAAAAACUGACCUACUUUUGUUGUUGUUUUUUAAGCGACUUCUCAUUUGGUGAGGUUUUUCUCCUCCUCUUCUCUUUGACAACAAACCAAGAAAGAAUCGCGCAGCGAUGACCGCCGUGAAUCCUUCACCAAUAAGUUGCUGAGACUUGCUGAGACCUCCGUCGAUCUUGCAUCUGAUUGCUGACGCUUCUAGAAACAUGCAAAGGAGAUACAGGAUGAAAUUGGUUUUAAUAGCAGCCUUACUUGGACUGGCCGGCGCUGUGGCCUCUCAGCCCGACUGUCCGUCGGGCCAGAACACGACCAGCGGAGAAUGCUGCAAGCAGUGUCCACCCGGCGAGGGCGUCGCCACGCUCUGCGGCGCCAAACAGACCGAGUGUGCGCCGUGUCUCGACAGUGAAACCUUCUCAGAAAGCUUCAGCCACACAGAGAAAUGUCAGCUUUGUACCAAAUGCACCGGCCUGCUCCGCAUGAGCACGCCCUGCACCGACACCAACGACGCCAUUUGCACAUGCAACUAUGGCUACUACCACAACAAAAUCACGGAGCGGUGUGAAGCCUGCACCAAGUGUCCCGAAGGCCACGGCAUGCUGUACAGCUGUGGGUCGGACCAAGACACGGUGUGUGAGUCGUGCGACGACGACACUUUCUCGGACCAGGACAGUUUCAGGGAUCCCUGCAUCCCCUGCACAACUUGUGACGAGGGAGACGAGGUGCUGCAGGACUGCAGUCCUGUCAGCGACACCGUUUGCCAAUCAACCUACGCAGGGCUGACAUCCACACCUUAUACUAGUUUCCCAGGGAUGUUUGAGGAAUACAAUACGCUAGAAAACUUCCCACCAGAGGCGCCCAGUCCCAACACCACCACCGCCACCAGCAAUGGAGACUCCAAAGAACGGCUCUACCAGGGGAUGAAUGACAAACUCAUCCCCAUCUACUGCUCCAUCCUGGCAGCUGUCGUCGUGGGUCUUGUGGCCUUCAUCAUCUUUAAGAGGUGGAACAGCUGUAAGCAGAACAAGCAAGGAGCCAACAACUGCACGACCAACCCGAACCAGACUCCGUCUCCAGAGGGGGAGAAGCUCCACAGCGACAGCGGCAUUUCUGUGGACAGCCAAAGUCUGCAGGAGCAGCAGGGCCAGACGCAGUCACAAACAGUUGUGACCAUCGACGAAGAACCGUGUCUGCUCCUUCCUCUCCAUACCAGAGAGAAAGUGGAGAAGCUGCUUUUCCAGGGCAGUGAAGGGGAAAACGGCGACCACAUGCAGGACAGCGACUGGUGCAACCUGGCAGGCCUCCUCGGAUACGAGGAAGAGCGAAUUGCGACCUUCCAGCAGGAAGAGCAUCCGGUCCGAGCGCUGCUGUCUGACUGGGCGAGGAAGGACUGUGCAAGCGUCGACGCGUUGUGCACAGCGCUCCGCAAGAUCAACCGCGACGACAUCGCGCAAAGUCUGGUGCUCAGCCCAAGCGGCACAAAGCCCACUGCUACCUCUGUGGUGUAGCGUCUCUCCGUUCCUGUCCGAAGCAACUCAACACCUGGACCUUAACAUUCACAUAUUCCAAAUACAGCGUCUUAGAUAAUUCCACAUAAUUCCUGCUGCAGCUGCUUGACACUAUAUCUUCAUGAUGCAAGUCAGAGAGAUGAUCCUAGAAGCCCCUUUAUCACGUUGUAAAUCCCCCUGAAUCUGAAAUAAAUUACCAAAAACAAAGCAGUUAGGUUUUCCACAUUAUUGAAACAGGCAGACAAUGGAAAACUAAAGCAAUUUGAAAGUAGGAAAGAAACAGUUUACUUUAAAUUAUGGGGACAACAGGUUUAAAAUCCUCUGACUGAACUCGCCGUGGAGCAGUUGUCUGCUUUGAACACAAACUUUUGUGGAUAACUUCCUCUUAGUUUCUCUCUGCUCCGUUCUUUUUUAACUUCCACUUAUUACAUUGUGUCUUUCUUUUACGUUUAUGUUACCAAAGAAGUUGAAGUGUUUUUCAGACCCAACCUGUUCAGUGACAUUAUUUACACUUCCUGUCAGACGUUUUACAUUUAACUUGACAAGUGUCUUGUGUCUGUAACUCCUGCGCCUGUUUCUUCUGCUGUAUGAAGAAGCUUCUGGAUCGACAACCUGAGGAGGUUCUAAUGGACUCAUUUCACGUGAACCUGCUUCCUCGCUCCCGUAUUAAUUUUAGUAAUAGAUAAAAGCGUAAAGGGUGGAUGUUAUCUCCACGUCACUCCAUCUACUUCUGCUGACUCUUGUUUUGUUAAUUCUCCCUGAGGCGCUGUAAAAAUGCAGCCUGUUGGUAUGUAGGCCUCGGCUUGCUUUUAACCGCUCAAACAUCAUUCCAGUAUCACAGUUUCUCAUUCCUACCCUGAACAUGGUAGAAACUCUGUAAAAAUCCUAUGUACCAUAUUUACAUGACAAACAAGUAGAUACAAAUGUAGAUUUAGUUGACGUACAUACACACCUACAGUCUGUAGCCCUGCAUGCAUGCACUGUGUUCAACAAACACACACUUGCAUUCAAAGUUAAGGAUGAUAAAAGAAGAAAGACAUUAUAUUCUGCCACAUAUAUGGCUUGGCACACUCAACCGAGGGACCAUAUACUGUUUAUUGUUCAUAUUUGUGGCAAUUUGUUCAUUGAUCUCUAAAGGCUUUGGUUGCUUUUGUUGGUAACAGGCAGGAAAUAAUGCUGACUAACUGUUUUUUAAUGAUCACUCAAGACAUACAGCUGCAGUCUGCAAAAUAUUUACAACUUCCACUGGUUUGACGUGUUGCUCCACACCUAGCAAUCUUUUACAUUCAAAGUCAUUGUUGAGGUGCGUCAAAUUUGCUCUACCUGUUUUCUGUUGCUGGCCUGUUUGUUGGACGCGGCGCGACAGGACCUGCGACAGGACCUGGACGCGCCGCGCCGCGACAGGACCUGCGACAGGACCUGGACGCGCCGCGCCGCGACAGGACCUGCGGCAGGACCUGGACGCGCCGCGCCGCGACAGGACCUGCGGCAGGACCUGGACGCGCCGCGACAGGACCUCCAUGUAGACUUUGAAAGUAAACCAGACCCGCCUGAUGCUCAAAACACGUUUGGUGUGAACGCACCACGACUUUAGCAUUUCCCUCUGUUUUGAUAUGAUCUGUUAGUACAGUAAUUCAAUACACACUUAAGAGGUGCAGCAGCCAAGACAGUCUCUCUUUUCACUCAUUUCAAACCAUCAGAAACACGUCUCCCUCCGCCAAAUAAACCCCCAAAAUGUAGAAUCUAGAAGAGAAAUCUCAGGGACGUUAAUUCAAAUCUCAAACAGCUGCAUAAACACGCUCCGACGUGACAAAGGAUGCCAUUAUUCUCGCGACUGACAAUCCUUAAAGCUGAUCAGUUAGACUCAGAAACUGGUCAGCAGAAAAGGAAGGAAGAAGAGGAGAGGGGAGUUUCACUUCUUCUUUGUUUGAAACAAUGAACGGCGGAUAAAAGGCAGGCCAGCUGAGACAAAAGUCACAGGAUGCAUGAGAGAAACGGAGAAGUCUCAGAUUACUUCAAUCAAUGCAAAGGAGAAACCCAGGCCUAUACGUUAAACAACCUGUUCAGAUGUACGCAUGUUGAUUUUUUUGUUCUUUUUUUUUGAAUUUGAGAAAAUAUUUUCUUCAUCUCAUGUUGCAUCUUUUUUUUUUUUUUUUUUUUACAAUUGCGUUACAUUUUUUGUUCACUGUUCACCAGAAGACACAAACGUAGCGUUAACUCACAUUUCUGUUAUUCACUUGUACACUGAGCAUAUUGCUGGUCUAUUGCUUUAUAUGAAGGUAUUCUUACUGCUAGUACAAGCAAUUUUAAAUGGUAUUACAUUUUUGUUUUUGAUUGUAGCACUUAAAUGUGGAGUCAUUUAUGUUUUAUGCAUCACAAGUGCCUGGGAACUAUUUCAGGUGUAUGUUGGUGUUGUACAUUUAUCGUUUUAAGGAAUUUGUAAGUGUAAUUCUAGGUUUUUUUUACUUGUAAAUAAUUUAUCUUUAUCUUUUCUUUGUAGUUUUGUUGAAACAUUGGAGGCAACACUGUAUAGUGUAAAUGUAAUCAGGGCUUACGUUCUGACUGUCAGUGCUGUCCUGGUUUAUCUAAGUAAAUAGCAAAAGGAAAUUGACUUCAUUUAUAAUUAUUGACCAUCAAGCAUCUUAAAAUUAAGAAGGCAGUAAAAAUUUAGAUUUAGAUAAAAAAAAUAUAUGAAGCAUUAAGUCUGAAAGUUAUCAGGUGUUUUAGCAAAUACACCUUAGUUGGUGUGGUUUACCAUAUUUUAUGCAUAAAAACACAAACAAGAGAAAUUUCACAACCAAAGAGAAACAAUUUCCCAUAAAAAGCCUAAUGAAGCUAAGUGAGACCUUUCUGUACUUUCCUAUUAGCUCCAUAGAGUAAAUUAUGUUUAAUUGUGAAUAAGUUAUGAGGAGAUGCAUGCACCACUUUUAAACUCUGAAAAUCUGCAAUUAUAAGUUUGUUAAUGCAACUGCAGGGAGGCAUAAAUGAGAACUAUUUAUGCUAAUUUUACUACUUUAUUCAAUUUCCAAAUUGAAAAAGCAAUCCUCCUUUUCCACUAAAAUAAAAAGUACUUUAUCAUUUAUGUCCAGAUGAGGUCAUUUGCAAAAGUUUUCAGAUGUGUUGUAAUAUUCAGACAUGUGCACUAUUACUAACUGUAGCACUAAAAAACGUCAUAAUAUCACAUAUUACAGAAAAAUUACAAAACAUUCCCAGACCAGAGUAUUUGAAACAUUUCCACCAGCAAAAGCAUAACUCAGUUUAAGCCUCUAGAUGAGCUACAAUAUUACAAUAUCACAUAAAAGAUAAAUUUUAGUUAUUGAUACUUAUAAUGUCUAAGGGAUUUCUCAUCCUCAUACUGAUCAUCUGCAUGUAUCUUGGUUUAUUUAAAUUAUGUCAAACAACAUAAAUUGGGUUUUUUUUUCUUGCUUUUUCUGCCUAAGACGCUGGUCUGCCUGUACAGUUGAAGGUGAAUGUGAUGAUAUUGCACUUGAGACACAAGUUACAACCUAAUUAUGCAAAAAGGGACUGACAAUAGGUUGGAGUGAGAGCGUAAGGGUGAAAAACUGUUUUGGGUAAAAAAACAAACCCUGAUAGUAAACAGUGAUGAGAAUGACAGUGAACCAGGACUGAAUUGUACAGAAACAGUGAAUGUUCCAUGUAUACUCACACAUAUACUGUCCUAUACUGAAUGUGAAUUUACUUUAAGUUCUUCAAUAGACAAGCAGUAAAUAAAGCUCUUUAAUUCA